AGAGCUUUGCUUCUGCGGGUCUUUCGGUUGAAUUUUUCAUGUGAUCUAGUACUCUAUCAGAUAUUGGUCUAAUUGUUUUUGGAAUAUAUAUAAAAAUAAAGGUAGAGAGCACGAGGAUAUGGUUAUAUCCGUCGGAACAACCGACAGUGAGAAGAAAGUGCAUGCUGAUUGUACCUCAACUCCCGGGAAUGGAGCCCAGCAAAGUAAACAAGGGAUCCAUCUGAGUCCACCUCACGUUGAUCCAUCUCAUUCAAGUCUGCCGUUUCCUGUAGGACAGCAGGUACAUUUUCCAUCGAAUGAGAGUUUUCAUUUGGGGUCACGUGCAAGCACAGUGCAAUGUGACGAAAUUCUUUCCAAUGGGGAAUUAGCUUACCAUGGCGGGGAAAGAACAGAUGCACGGCCGUAUGGACCCGCGUAUGAUAGUGCAGUGAGGUAUGUUACGGUGGGAGAAAGUGACAAGCAAAGGAGGCCUGUUGACACUUCUCAAAAUGAUGAAUAUUUACGCAGUUUUAUUAAAUCGGUGGUAAAGGAGCAGAUUCAAGGGGCAAAGCCUGAAAAAAGGAAGCAUUUUGAUAGCGUAAUAGUUUACGACAAACGGGACUAUGAACAGGUAAUGUUUUAUAAAAAUCAAAUGGAAGACAUUAUGUCGCAAUCGGAUGUGAAGGAACCUGUGAGGAUUGAACUGUACGACAGCGAACAAUUCCUGCAGUCCAGUGUGCGAGUUAUUGAUGACGUCAUUUCGAAGAGCAGCGUCAUUUUCGUGCUGUUGUCCGUCCAUUCCGACACAAGACAGAUCAAUUUCUUCUGCGAGGAAGCGGUUGCUAGGCUUCACAUUGACCCUAGCAACCAGUCUUCAUUUGGUGCUGCCAACGCGUUCGACAGUCCAUUGAAGUGUAUUAUUAAACCCUUGCAGACGGUCCCUUCUUCUCGCAGGAUGUAUCCAAUCCCACCAGGUCUUAUGUCAAUAACCAGCAUUGACAUUUUUGAUUAUACAUCCUCAUUUACUCGGGACAAGAUUAUCUCAACCUUACGUGAAGCGAUUAAUACAAGAAUAAGACAAGAAGACAGGGACAACACGAAGCGUGAGUUUUCGUACAUGCACAGACUAACUGCGGGCUCAGAAGCGCCACGUCAGUAUUCUAGUCACCUAAUGUAUCCUCCAGCUUUUAUUGGAGACGCGCAUUUAAAUGGUGGUUUGCUUAAAAGUACCGAUGCCACUACUGCCUUCGUAAGAUCGUCAUUGGGCCAUCACCACCAGGCGUUUUAUGAGGAAAGGCGGUCUCCAGGCGGUGUUGCUAAUGGAUCUUCUACGUUCAUACGACCGCUUUCAAAUAAUCAUCAUCAUAAUUAUCAGGUUUUUAAUGGUGACAAACACACCAACUUCGGCGUUGCCAAUGGAAGCACUGCGCACAUACGACUACCACCAGACGUUAAUCAAUCUCAAAUUCCACAAACAUUUUAUGCUGAACAGAUACCGUAUGUGCAAAUGCGUGUACCUCCGGCAUCGCCCGAAUCGGAACCUAACCCCAUGGAACUGCUCCCACCGUAUUUCGCCUCGCCAGCACCAAAUCAGGAUACUCGAACACAAAAUGGGGAAAACAUUUCUGAACAGCGUCAUCAACCUCUCUUGCAACACGCGUUAUAUACACCAAAUCAACGAAAGUUUCAAAUACCUCAUUCACCAGAAGACCGGCCUGGGCAUACUCAAUUAACUACUUUACAAAUGACAAAUACAAAUCCUAAAAAAGCCGAUGACAUCCAGUCAAGACAGUUCAUUAAUGUUCAGCAUAAUGAAAAACCGGAACAAACUCCUUAUGACAACGAACACAGUGUUGAUGAUCGCUUCAGUACAGACGCAUUGCGGUCUACGUUUUCAAGUGCAAGUGUUCUUGGAAACCAGCACUCCAGUUUAAUACAUAGGCGACAAUACAUCCCACCCUUCCAAGAGCUACUUGGACUGUCAAUCUCGCAUGAUGCGCUUUCCAGUAAUGAUCUCAAUUCGGACGACCUUGAAAUCGAUCAGGGGAUGUCCUGAAUGGAAAACGAUUGAGACCACAGCAGGGAGAGUCUGUGACCACAGCAGGGAGAGUCUGUACGCAUACAGGGUUACCCUUUACGAGAACCAGAGUGCAUUUUCUGAGUAAAAAAUGUAAGUACAGUUACUGCUCGCUUUCAUGUCUUAUGUACUAGUAUCAACUCUUUUUAAAACAGCCAAGCCAAUAACAAUUCAGACUGCUCGUUUUAUUACUUUUAUCAUUACAUCUGUUUGUUUAAUGUUUGUAUUAAAUUCUGACCGAUGGAAUUGAUUUAUGAAAUCAUUAUUUAAAACAGUAGUCAGUGUGGGCUAAGUAUCGACUGCAUUCCUGCCAAAUGCUGAUCUGACUUGUGGUUGAAGAACGUACUAUGGAGAUCAGGUCAUCCAAAGACUGUGGUCCCAUGCUGCUCAUGUCGAACACUACCUGUUCAAAUACCACACAGAUGUUGGGUAGGACAAACUUCUGCUACUGCAUCGAUUGCUGCAAUGAGGGCGUGCGUCUGAAAAUGUCAUCGUUUAACGGAUUUGCUGUGGCAUCGGGAUGUUUACAUAAAAUGCAUCCAUUUAAAGUAAUAAAGUUAUGAUGGCACGCA